AAAUCGACUUAAACCCUAACAAAACCCCAAAUCUUCACUUUUAAAUCAUCAAUAGAACAGUACGACCAUUUCUUCCUCCCUCGAAAACCUUCCAGAAUCUUCCUGCAAUGGGCGGCGGUCGUCGUACAUUCCCUGGUGGUCUCACCAAAUGGCAAUGGAAACGCCUCCACGAGAAAAAAGCCCGUGACAAAGAAAAACGACUCCUCGAUCACGAAAAACAAAUUUAUCAUGCCCGAAUCCGCUCUCAAAUUCGGGCCAAACUCACUACUGCGCCCGAAAAGCCCGAAUACACUCCCAACUACGGCCCUGUUUCUCCACAAGACCAUAUUAGAUCUCUAGCUGAUCGGUUCAUGAAGGAAGGCGCCGAGGAUUUGUGGAAUGAAGACGACGGGCCCAUCGGACCUGGGCCAGGGCCCGUUAAUACUUCGCAGCCAUAUAAUCAACAAACCAAUCAUACUAUUAAUUUGCGGAAAUUGGUAACGGAGAAUUCGAAUUUGAGGGAUAACGGGUUUAGUGAUAUUCCUCCUAGUUAUAGUUUUCAGAAAGUCACACAUUUUUGUACUAAUGUUAGGAAUGUUUUUGCGGAAAAUCCGAGGACUGGGAUUCCGGUUUGUUCGGGUAGUUGGUCGAGAGGUGGCAAUUUUCCAAUGUUUGGAUGGAGGAUGUUUAAAACUGAGAAUAGAAAUAUGAAUAGUUUGAAUGGUUUCUUGAAUUUUGGAUCCUAUUCUGCGAAUAGGAAAUUGAAUUUUACUAGAAAUGAGAGUUCGGUGAGUGAGGAUAAGUCGAAUUCGGAGGGGUUGGUGGUGAAGGGUGAUGAACGUAAAGCAAGAUGGCCAAGGUUUAGACAGAAUGCCGAGGAGUCAUCUGAUGAAGACGAUGAUGAAGAUAGUGAGGAGGAUGAGGAUGAGGAGGGGGGAAGACGAAGUAGAGGGAGUGUAAAGAUGAUGAGUAGUGCUGCUUUAGGGAAGUACGAUAUGAAGACAAAGAAGAGAGUUCCAUUGAAGUUUGUGGAAGAUGAAGAUGAUUUAUCACUGCACGUAGAGGCAAUUAGGAAGGAGGUUAAAGGGCGGAGCAUGCAGAAAAAUGAAAUCGAAGAAGACAAGAAGGAAUCAAUACUUAGUUCUAAAAGGUUUGAUGAAUACGAUAUAUCUCCUUCGACAGUCAAAGCCCUUACUGAAGCAGGUUAUGUGCUAAUGACUAAAGUGCAAGAGGCAACUCUUUCUGCUUGUCUUGAGGGAAAGGACGCUUUAGUUAAGGCAAGGACAGGCACAGGCAAAACAGCUGCUUUUUUGCUUCCAGCCAUUGAAACAGUUCUGAAGGCCUCAAGUAAGAAGAGUGGCCAAAGGGUCCCACCAAUAGAUGUGCUUAUUCUCUGUCCUACGCGAGAACUUGCUAGUCAGAUAGCUGCUGAAGCCAAUGUGCUGUUAAAGUACCAUGAAGGCAUUGGUGUGCAAACACUAGUUGGAGGGACACGGUUCAAAGAAGAUCAGAAACGCCUAGAGUGUAAUCCAUGCCAGAUUAUAGUUGCCACACCUGGUAGAUUGUUAGAUCACAUCGAGAACAAGUCUGGCUUCUCUACACGAUUAAUGGGAUUGAAGAUGAUUAUACUUGAUGAAGUUGACCACUUACUGGACCUUGGGUUCCGGAAAGACAUAGAGAAACUUGUUGAUUGCUUGCCUCGUCGAAGACAGUCUUUACACUUUUCAGCUACCGUCCCAAAGGAGGUUCGUCGUAUAUCUCAACUUGUUCUGAAAAGAGAAUAUGGCUAUGUUGAUACGGUGGGGCUUGGACUGGAAACAAAUCCUAAGGUUAAGCAAUUUUAUCUAGUUGCGCCGCAUGAACAACAUUUUCAACUUGUGCACCAUCUUUUGUCAAGCCAUAUCUCGGAAGUGCCUGAUUACAAAGUCAUUGUUUUUUGUACUACAGCUAUGAUGACAUCCCUCAUGUUUUCCCUUUUCCGCGAGAUGAAAAUGAAUGUGAGAGAGAUCCAUUCUAGAAAACCUCAACUUUAUCGUACUCGAAUUUCCGAUGAAUUCAAGGAAACAAAACGUGUAAUUCUUAUUACCUCUGAUGUGUCAGCUCGAGGGAUGAAUUAUCCUGAUGUUACGCUGGUAAUUCAGGUUGGUAUUCCUGUUGACCGGGAGCAGUAUAUACAUCGGCUUGGAAGAACUGGGCGAGAAGGCAAAGAAGGAGAAGGUAUCCUGUUCCUUGCACCUUGGGAACAAUAUUUCUUGGAUGGCAUAAAGGACCUUCCCAUGGAAAACUGGCCAGUUCCACAUCUUGAUCCUCGUGUUAAAGUCAAGAUGGAAGAAGCAAUGGGAAAGAUGGAUACUAGUGUCAAAGAAGCAGCUUAUCACGCUUGGCUUGGUUAUUACAACUCCAUGAGGGAAAUAGGCAGGGAUAAGACAAUGCUUGUUGAGUUAGCUAACCAGUUUAGCGAAUCUAUUGGUUUGCAAAAUCCUCCUUCCUUAUUUCGUAGAACAGCUCUAAAGAUGGGAUUGAAAGAUAUUCCUGGCAUCCGGAUACGGAAGUAACACAAAGUUCUUUGGUUUUACGUUAAAAGAUUUUUAUAUCAGGAGAGAGUAGUAGCAUCCACAGUUCUCUGCAAUUUACUCAUGGUGAACUGAACAUACAGUGAUUUCGCCUCGGGCCAAUUGGUACAAGUUUUAAGGAUUCUUUAACAUAGAUCCGAAACAACUUGUAUUUGGUCUCGACUGUCUAUUUGGACAUGCUGUGAAUGUGUUAAAUCUUCUUGAAAAUGAAAUGUAAAUAUUGUAGUGUUGAACGAAUGUGACGUUCCUGUCUAUUUAUUCAUGACUUAAUUAGGCGUCUUGAUUCAUGUGAAUGUGUUAAAUCUUUUUGACAGAGCUUUUGUUUCAUUUAAAUUAAUACAUGACCCAAAAAUAUUGUACAUUCUCUUUAUUCUAUAUUAAGUUAUUACACUUCUUACC